CAAGGGACAGUGGGCCACUCACCAGGGGUCCCAGCAGGAGCUCACAGCACAGGCAGGAUGAAGUCUUCCAUUGCCAUCAUUUUUUGCUUCUUGAUCCUGGGAGUUGACAGCCAAAGAUGGAUCCAGUUCCUUAGAGAAGCUGCUCAAGGGUCUAAAGACAUGUGGCGAGCCUACUCUGACAUGAAGCAAGCUAACUGGAAAAACUCAGACAAGUACUUCCAUGCUCGGGGGAACUAUGAUGCUGCCCGAAGGGGUCCUGGGGGAGCCUGGGCUGCUAAAGUCAUCAGUGAUGCCAGAGAAGGUAUUCAGAAGUUCACAGGACGUGGGGCAGAGGACUCAAGAGCUGACCAGUCUGCCAACAAGUGGGGCCGGAGUGGCAAAGACCCCAACCACUUCCGACCUGCUGGCCUGCCUAAAAAAUACUGAGUUUUCUUUUCGUGCUGUUCCCAGUCAUGCAGCCCCCAAGAAAAGGGGGCAAUUACUGAGUUACUUCCUAAAAUCUGGAUCCCUAAACAUC